UCAUUGCACAGGUGUGAGAGUCCGCAGCACCUCCCUCAGGUCGUCGGGCAGCGGACAGGUCACCUCCACACGCCGGUCCUGCAGAUGCAUGCGACACACCCAUGUAUGAUCGUGUGGGUGACCGCGUGAAUGUCCGCAGGCUGACCUGUGUGUCUCUGAAUCGCAGACUGUGGAAGUGCAGAAACAUCCUCGGACACCACACACGGUCGCCUGAACGCACAGUCAGCAUACAUAAACUUGUGCGUGGCGCGGCUUGGCGUGGUGUGGUGUGGUGUUUUCCCGCACCUGUCUGUCCAUUGUCCUUGCGGCCAUAUUUCGCGUCACCCACCAAUGGGAAGCCUGCAUGCGUUCAAAGGUGUGCCUCGUCCAUGGUGGGUGCCUGCCUCCGUGUGAGAUAGAUGGCCUACCUUUGUGUGCCAGAUGGACUCUGAUUUGGUGCGUGCGGCCCGUGUGGAGCUUUACGCGCACCAGGCUCAUAGUGUCGACCGCCCCAUCACCCUCUGGGCUGCCUUGGGCAUCAUUCUCUGACGGCUGCCGAUGGAAGUGGCCCAGACACUCGAACUCGGUAGCGGCAACGCGGCCGUCGUCUGAUGGACGGAUGGGUACACACACGGACCCUCUGUGCACCGAUCUGUGUGUGUCUCUGGUGUGGGCCCACCUCGCACAGACGUGAUCAGGUGGUCGGGCCCUUGCUCGGUCUGGGUGAACAAAACGGAAUGCACGCAAUGUGCGAAUUCUCUCUUCUUGGACUGACUGACUGGCUGACUUUGAGUCGCUCCGUGGCCCAUUGAAUGCCGGGAGGAACACGGCCAUGGGUCAGGCACACGUACUCCUUCCCCACCUACUCACACCACACCCACGCACAUGUGCACGCGAUGUGUUGAGUGCAUUGAUCCACUUGCCUGUUGCGCAUCGAAGAGCAGCCGCAGAUACAUCCACAUGGCUGGCGACUUGGCCACGAGCAGUGCGCCUGAGGUCUCGCUAUCCAGCCGAUGGGCAAUGCCGUGCUGAUACCUCCCAUCCAGCAACACGUCACAUGAUGACCCCCACACAUGACCUGACAGACAGCAAUGAAAUGCACCCAUUUCCAUGGUCUCAUUCUCCCUCUGUCUGUCUGCCUGUGUCGGUACCGAGGAACACAUGCAGCGGCUGUAUGUCACUGCUCGCCACCAUCUCCUUCGGCUGGUCCAUCCCCUCUCCCUCUCUCCCACUGUCAAUAUUUCUCAUGAGCCCCGACGGCAGCACCGACCAGUGCGGCGGCUUGUAGACCACCCAGCACUCAGGCGACUCGUACAAGAUUCUAGGCACAUCCUUUGCCCUCCGCUCUUCUUCACCCGUCAUAUCGACAAGGGCAGGACACCCACACAGCGACGAGUCGGUCAGGGGUUGUACAGAAGAGAGUGAGGAUGAGAUCGGGGGGCUGCUUGCUGUGUAGUGCCGCGUGGUGACAUUUGUCCCACUCUCCAGUACUGGCCCGGCUCGGCGCAUCACGUUAUCUUUAAGGGCCUUCCACAAAUCCUCACUCAGCCGGCCAGCCCGCCCAUACGCCCACGCCAGCCGCGAGACAGACGACCCGUCAAGCGAAUCCACCACACGGCCAUCCCCGUCACCAUCGCCACCGAGCACAAUCUCCUCAAUUCGGUCGAGCAGCAUCGGCGCCUCACAUUCGCUCGCGGCCACGGACCACGCCACGCCCACCAGCUUGUGCACGGGCAGUGCAGCCCGGUGUUGCGUGAUAUGUGUGUGGAGCAGCUCGGCGGUGCGGGCGAAGAAUGUGGGGCUGCUGAAUGAGAGGGCGGCGAAUGAGUGGAGAAGGAUGGCGAGGUCUGUCGGGGGGAGGCAGGGGAGGUGGGGGGUAAUCCAGCUGGUGAGCUCGGUGAAUAGAGAAGGGUUGCUCACGUUGAGCGCGCUGUGCGUCCAUGCUGGCCGAUAGAACAACACACACACACGGAGUGUUGUGGUGGGCGCUGUGUGUGUGUGUGUGUGUACCGAGUGUGGAUAUGUCCAUAGGGUCAAACUCGUCGAGGGACCUCUCAUUGAGGAUGUGCUCAUCCACAGCACACAGCAGCUGCGACGCCACCAGACGAAAACCGCCCACGCUCAACCCGUCCUGACAACAAAGACACACAUACACCGACGACGUACACAUACACGGCAACGCCCCCGUGCCAUACCUGCUCAUCUUCACUCUCUCUCUCCAUCAUGACCGCCUCCCCGUAUGACGCACGCACAUAUGCCGACGGCAAUGUCACCAGAUCGAAGGCGUUGCACCUCGGCAGCACGUCGCCGUGCUUCUCCAGCAGGUGCUGUGCAAUGCCCGACAGGAGCGCCUCCGUGCGGUGUGUGGGUGGGAGGGGGCCGUAGGUGCCGACGAGCUUGGACAGGUCCGUCGGGUGCGUGGCGGCCACGCGCGGCAGCAGCACACUGUGCAAAAGAGCGUCCAAGAGGGUGUCUGUGUCUGUGUGGGCUUGGUUUGUGUGCGUACGUGGCCAGUGCAUCGACAAGUGGGUGGGGGGCUGGCGCACCCUGCUGCCGCAUUCGGACACAUCCCGUCGCGAGGCCCACUAGUGACUGAUCAACGGAAGAGAGAACAGAGAGAAACCCACAACAAACAGCUCCGGGUCGCUCUCUCUCUCUCUAUAUAUAGAUAUCACUAUAUAUAUAUAUCUCACUUUGGUGUCAUAUCCCUCCAGCCGCGUGGCUGCAUUCUUGUGCGGAUCGGGUGCCAUCAGGAAGGCCUCGAGCGCGUCUAAGUACUCCUCAUGAACCAGCCUGCAACCCAUCAAUCCACAACACCACACAGCGGGACACCACUGCAGCCGUCUUGCUUGCCUCGCCUCCUUCGUGUCUGUCUACCCGGCCUUAGCGAGCGUCCACACCAUGGUCACGUUGUCUUUGCUGUUGGGGUCGCCCCAGCCCCUCCCUCUCGCCCUGCACUCAUUUCUCUCCCCCCUGAUGCGCAUCGUCGCCUCGCCAGCACCCUCCACAUACAGACGGGAGACCGCAUCGUCACCAUCAUGUCUGUAAGCGUACCCCAGCGAUGCAUAGCCCCACAGCAAGUUGAGCAUCAUCUGGUGGUUGAACGUGUGCAGGUUUCCCGCACUCGCCGCAGCAAUCUCGUCGCACACACGGCCCAUACUGCCGGCUUUGAGCUGCGCCAGCCGCGUUUCCCCCACCUUGCUGCCGAGGGCCCCCAACGCCCACAUCGUGUUGGCUCUGUCUUGCAAAUUGCCCACUCUCGAACAAGCUGAAUCGUCCGGAAACAUCCCUUCAAGCCAUUCAGCGAUAGCUGAGGGAGACGGGGGCGAUAUUGACGCGUCAACGAGUCUGGCCAUGGCCCACAGAGCGUUGGAGAGGCUGCGGGGCGCCAUGGAUGGCGCAUGCCGGUUUGCAGCGGCUUGCAGGGCCGCGAUGAGCGAGGCUGGGACGGGGUGCUGGCUGUGGGCGAACGACCUGACGAUUGACGGUGGAAGAAAACCUAACGACAGGUGGCUUCGUGCAUCCCCUCAGUGUGUCUGUCAUCUCACCACAUAAGCGUCACCAGUCUUUUGGUCCCGAACUCGCCAAGGCGCCGCUCGCACGCCGCCAUGACGGCCUCGCACACCUCUCGCCCACCCUCCCCUCCACACACACACGCCUGCAGCCGCGCCAGGCUCCACGCCAGAUCCGUCAGCUGCACCUCGUUGAAGACGUCAUCAGCACACAUCCGAGGCACAAACGCCGACAGGGACGAGUACAGGCCGUCCAGGCGGUCGGCAUCGCCGGGUGCAGAGGGUGAGAGCUUCGCAAUGCCGACCAUCACGUUGGACACGUCCAGAGGCUUCAUAUUCAGUGACGGUGACAAUGACUGCCGGCAGGCGUCCGCCGCCCGCUCGAUGGCCCAUGACUUCACUGCACUGUCAAGCCGUCCCCACUGCGCCACCCGACCCAUUGACCACACCAGAUUGGCGACGUCACGACCGUCCCAUGAUGCUGAUGACACCUCAGCAGUUGACUGCAGGCGCUCGACAAUGGCUGCGGUCAGGGGAAUCACGCGCGGCGCCCACUCAUCUCUCGACGGCAUCAGUGAGCUCCCUUGCAGCCUCGCAAGCGCCCAUAAGCAGCGGAUCAGAGGGCCGCGGACAGCAGCAGGGUCUUCAUUAGUGUUGGUGCUGAGGUGAGCCACCGAUGCAGAGAGGGAAGAGAGCAGCGUUGCGAGAUCUGCGUUGCUGUCGGCCUCAUCGUCCCGGGAUUGCUCCUGUGCGAGAGUGACGAGUCUGUUGAGGGCCGAUGCUGCACGGCUGAUGGAUGCGGCAUGAGCUGCAUGACAGUGUUGAUAGUGAUUCACCGCUCCCGACAGGAUUUGAUUCAU